UCCUCUCUCUCUCUCUCUCUUUACUCUUCUUUUGCUUUUCUUUGUUACCGUUUUUCCUCGUCUCCUUCUUCUUCUUCCUCCUCCUUUGGACUUUCGACUCUUUUUUUAGCGGUGGAGCAGAGAGAUCUAUGCCGUCGUAAGCGACUGAGAGAGUUAAGAGAGGGAGAGGGUGUUUGCUGUUAUGGCCGUGGAGCUGAUGAUGGACUGCGGCAGCGACGGAUACGCCCUCACGGAGGCGGCCUCGGCCGGCAUAAAGAGCGUCGAGAACCUAAUCAAGCUACUGGCCCAGCCGUACCACGAAGCGGCCCCGUCUUCCUCCGCCCCCAGGCCCGAGAGCUCCGACAUCGAGGUGGCCACUGACGCCGCCGUCAACAAGUUCCGGAAGGUGAUUUCCCUGCUCGACAGGUCGAGGACAGGCCACGCCCGGUUCAGGAGGGCGCCGGUGAGCUCGCCGGAGCAGGGGCCGACCCGGGUCGAGGAGGUUGCCCUGUCCGGGGGCUCCGCCUUCAAGGUCUACUGCCCAGCCCCGAUCCAGCGGCUGCCUCCCCUGCCCCACAGCCAGAAUCCAGGGGCACAGAGGAGCGCGCCGCCCGCGGCGGAGAGGAAGGAUUCCGUUCCCGGGACGGCCGUGACGAAGACGAUCAACUUCGCGCCGUCACAGCAGGUUUCGAACUCGGCGGCGAACUCGUCGUUCCUGUCGUCGCUGACGACAGGGGACAACGACAGCGUGCAGAGGUCCAUGUCUUCCUCCGGGUUCCAGAUCACCACCCACCACAAGCCGCCACUGUCCAUGUCCUCCUCGUACUCCACGAUGAAGAGGAAGUGCACCUCCAUGGACGAUGGCGCCCUCAAGUGCGGCGGCUCCUCCUCGGGCCGGUGCCACUGCUCCAAGAAAAGGAAAUCGAGGUUGAAGAGAGUGGUGAGGGUUCCGGCAAUCAGCUCGAAGAUGGCGGAUAUUCCGCCGGACGAUUACUCCUGGAGGAAAUACGGCCAGAAACCCAUCAAGGGCUCUCCUCAUCCGAGGGGAUAUUACAAGUGUAGUAGUAUGAGAGGGUGUCCGGCGAGGAAGCACGUGGAGCGGGCGCUGGACGAUCCGACUAUGCUCAUCGUCACCUACGAGGGCGAGCACAACCACCCCGUCUCCGCCGCCGACACCAAGUCAGCCUUCGUCCUCGAGUCCUCAUAGUCAACCCAUCCAACGGCUCUCAGCUCGACUUCGGCAGCUUCCAAUCCUAGCCGUCCAUCGAGUAGAAUAUUAAUAUAUUAUGAUGAGAUUGACGCGAAAAAGGUCAACGAGAUAGAAGGGGGGGUUGGGGGGUUGGCUCUCUUCCCAAGAAGAUUAUUAGUGGGGUAAUGUAAUGUUAGCUCUGUGUACGUAUAGGAUUCCUUUAUUUUUUCUUUUUUUCUUUUGUUCUUUCUUUUUUUUGGUUGGGUGUUGAUGAUGGAUGGUAGACUAUGGUGAUUGAAAGAGAAAAAUGAAAAUGGAAGAGGAAUGGAUUGUGAAACUUUGGUGGAAGAUGAAUCAUUCUACUAGUGGACAUUUAUUUUAUUAUUAUUAUGAUUAGAUAUUAGAUAAA